AUUUAUAAUACACUGUACUGUACUGUAUAGUGUUGUACAGUAUAUAAUAAUAGUGUUGUACUGUACAGUCUGUAUAUAAUAUAAGUGUUUAUGAUUUGAUUGAUAUUAUAGGAAAGUUAGUGACCAGAGAUGGCAAAUGUAGUGUUAAGAAGAUUAAACCAAUUGGUGACAAAACGGUCUUCACUGCAAACAUACAUCAAACCUGUCCGGCGAUCGUCAAGUAAUUAUCAAGGCUAUCGGGAACCUAACUAUGAACCCAACCGACCAUUCAUUCAACGUUUAUAUCACUUCAACGCUGCCAUUAUGUGGUGCUAUAUCUUCUGGUGUUUUAGACACAACUGGAGGGAACUGAUCGGUGAAAAAAUUUGGCCGCAAAGGAGUCUUUGGACAGAUGAAGAAUUAGGCGUUCCUUCCGAUGAAUAUGACUAAUGACUUACAUUAGGACUAGUAGUUGAUUGGCUUUUAAUGAUUAGUCAAUUUAGUUGUGUAUAAUAAUGAGUAGUUUUGUUAAAUAAAUAAGCAUUUAUUGGUUUAAUCAAAGAAUUUUAAAAAUGCAUUUUAAGUUUAAUGUAAUGA